AUGAAUACACCAAAAAGCGAACGAGUAGCAAUGAAUGUUGAAGCAAUUGAUAUAAGCAGUAUUGAGGUAACUGAGGAAUCAGGAAUUCCAAAGCUUGUCGGACAGGAAGUUUUUGAAACCAGCGACAAGGAUGAAGAUAGCUGUAAAAGCGAGACAGAUGAAGUGCAGAAUACAGAGGUUGAAAUGGAUGCACUUGUCCAGAUAGAUGAAGCUAGAGUCUUAUUUGAGAACACUGUUAUAUCUGGAAUUGCAGAUUUUUCUGGAAGAAUUGAUAAAUAUGGUAAGUCCUUUAAAACAUAUAUGCUAGAAGAGACCGUUGAACAAAAACUAGCUAGAAUUAAAAAAGAAUUGCAAGAGAUAGAGCUGUCCAAGGAAACAGUACAACAUGACGAUGAAUUGAAUGAACUAGUGAAGUUACAUUCAGUUUUAGAGCAAGAUCGUAUGGUGGAGCUUAAAAUUAUUAAGAAUAAAUUAGUUCUUGAUGACAGCGAAAUGGAUGUUGUUACUCUUCCAAGAGUGACAAUUGAUUGCAGAGACAGUCGAAGAUUAGUAGAUCUUGAAGGGAGGAUUGCGAGAAUAGAAAGUUUACUUGGAGAAACAAACCCCAAAAAGUCGAUAGUAACAUGCAUCAACGAAUUGUUCCAUAAGAUAAAUUUGUUGGAACAAAAUGAGCCGUUGUUGGAGAAAUUCGACCAAAAUAUGAAAAGAAUUAGUAAAGAAUAUGAAGAGUCGAUAAUCGGUCGACGCGCUACUAAGGAUCCCUCAUUACAAAAACGAAUAGCAGAUGAUCUGAAAACAACAGAUUCUAAAGUUCAUGAAAUAUAUAAAUCAUACAACCUGCUUAAGAGAUAUAGCGGGGUUUUGCCUCACAUCAUUACUCGAAUGAAAUCCUUAAAUGACUUGCAUCGUGAAGUACAGGAUACAUCAGGGAUGUUACAGUCAUUUGAUCAAUGCAUUUCCCGUUUGCAAACACAAACUGAAAAAUGGGAACAACUACUAGACCAAUUGAAUAAGAAGCUUGACCAACAAGAGGAAAACUUUGAGAAGAAUAAAAAAAGUAUUCAGACUUGGGUUGAAUCGCUGGAGAUGAAGUUGAAUCAUCAUUCAUCAUUAUGA